AGUGUCUGUUCGUAUACAUGUACACUCUACUGAAAGCUGCUCAACAGUUAACGAAAACGUGAGGGAUUUAUGAUGCCAUGGAUUCUAUAUGCACAACAGACACAGGCUACCAUCCCCAUGGUUUGAUUAAUCAAGGGGCAACCUGUUAUUUGAACAGUGUGCUGCAGGUGUUCUUCAUGACCAAGGACUUCAGAGAGGCUGUUGAAAGUCAAGUGUUUCAUACUAGUCAAGAACAAGAGACCAUUGAUCACAAGCUUAAAAGGCUGUUUCAAAAAUUAAAAGAAAAAGAAGCUGACACAAAGGACAUUUCUUGGACAUUGGACAUUCAAACCGUAUAUGAGCAACGUGACGCUGCUGAGUUUUUUGAGAAGAUUUUAAGCACGGUCAAGUAUAAUGUGUCUAAGAUCUUCGAAGGACAAUUGUCGCACACUAUCACCUGUGCAAAUAGUCAUAUUUCCAUUAGUGAACCUGGUCCAUUUUGGGUUCUGCCCCUCUCCAUGGACGUAACUCUAGGCCCUGGCCAAAGCUACAGUGUGAAUGACGGUUUUGAGGAGUUUUUUGAGAAAUCAACUAUCACUGGGGACAAGCUGUACUGUGCUAAAUGCAAUGAAGAAGUGGAAGCAACAACUGCAUGUAAGAUGGUACAUCACCCAGAGAUUCUGACUCUGCUACUCAAGAGGUUUGAGUUUGACUACCAUAGGAUGUCAUAUGUCAAAAUCAACUGCACUGUGGACGUUCCUCACAAAUUACAGACAGAGAAUGGGGCAUAUGAACUCUAUGCAAUUGUGGACCAUGAAGGAAGUCUAAGAGGUGGACAUUACACUGCUACAAUCAGGUCCUAUGAGGAUCAGAAGUGGUAUUUGUUUAAUGACAGCAACGUAAGCCCGAUUGCAUUGGAACCAAACUUAAGAUCACAAAGUGCUUAUCUGCUUAUUUAUAGGACAUGUGGAUACAGACAAGAAGAGGAUAAGAGGUCAGGUGGAAACAGAGAGGAAGAUGGAAAGAGUGUAUGUGGAAAGAAAGAAAAGAGGGGGAGAAGAAGUUGUCAGGUGGAAACAGAGGAGACGAGGAGGGGAGCUCAUGGUCAAAGAGAAGAGGAAAUGAAAAGGAUGCAGCUAAAAAGAGACCAUGGAUUGUAA